AUGGUGAGCCAAGGAAUGGUGUCUCUUACAAAGUCUCUAUGCUGCGCCAUGACUCCAAGAGUCCGUCUCAAGAAUCCGAAGCCGAUGCAGAACCUAAAAACCGGAUCUUAUCAUCUCGGUUUCAGAAAUCUCCGCGUCUCAUGCACAAAACUCUCCCAAUGGGAACCAUCACCGUUUCUCCAAGCCUCCGCAGACGAAGCUGGUGGUAUAGUACUGGAGAAAACCGCAAAUGUCUUCGAAUCCAUCGUAUCCGAGGCUGCUGAUGAUGAGGAAGAGAAAGAGAAAGAAGAUUCAUCAGCGCAACAACAACAACGGACUAACUCUCAAAUUCAGGUUCUUAAAUGGCCAAUAUGGCUCUUAGGUCCGUCUGUGCUCCUCACAAGCGGUAUGGCACCUACGUUAUGGCUUCCACUGUCGUCGGUUUUCCUCGGUUCGAAUGUGGUUAGUGUGCUUUCGUUGAUCGGUUUAGACUGCAUUUUCAACCUCGGAGCAAUGCUUUUCUUGUUAAUGGCUGAUUCUUGCGCUCGUCCCAAAGACCCAUCACAGUCCUGCAACAGCCAACCACCGUUCAGCUACAAGUUCUGGAACGUUUUCGCGCUCUUAACCGGGUUUCUCGUCCCGACGCUGCUUCUUUUGGGAUCAAAAUCCGGUUUACUCGGUUCUCUCCAACCGGAGCUUCCUUUCAUCUCCUCCGCUGUUCUCCUCUUUCCCUACUUCAUCCUCCUCGCGGUCCAGACGUUGACAGAGAUCCUCACGUGGCAUUGGCAAUCACCGGUGUGGCUAGUCACGCCGGUUGUCUACGAGGCUUACAGAGUUUUGCAGCUGAUGAGAGGGUUGAAGCUGAGCGCAGAGGUCAACGCACCGGUUUGGGUGGUUCAUAUGUUUCGUGGGCUUGUCUCUUGGUGGGUAUUGAUCUUGGGGAUGCAGCUCAUGAGAGUUGCUUGGUUUGCUGGUUUUGCGUCUAGAACAAGAACAAACCAAGAACCAGAAUCUGUUGCUUCUAAGUAA